UUUCAUAACUUGUCUUCUUCCAUAAUGGUCCUCAGCCUCGGUAAUAAUCACCUGCAUGGAGAAUUACCUGAAGGUAUUUUCCGCUUUCCAUACCUCCAGAAGCUCAAAAUUACUAAUUAUUUUCCAUAUGGUUCGUUGGAAGUUAACUUCCCAAAAGCUAAUUGGAGUAGUCCCCUCAGGUCAUUAGAACUCUCAUUCGUGAACUUGGCAAGAGAACUAUCCCUGCUUAGUUCUAUUGGUAAUCUUAGGUUCCUGGAGGUAUUGGAUCUUUUUUCUUGCAAUUUAAAAGGGUCAAUUCCAGAGUCUUUUGGCAACCUUACACGACUCACUUAUUUAGACCUCAGUUAUAACAGUAUUAUUGGGCUGCUUCCAUCUUCGUUUUCAAAUUUUAAGCAGCUCAGAUAUUUAGAUCUUUCUGCUAACCAACUACAUGGGCAGAUUGCUCGUGCUUUUGGAAACCUCACCAAACUUUUUUAUUUGUCUUUAAGACGUAAUCAAUUUAGCGGGCAAUUGCGAUUUUCGGUAUUUGACCUUGCAAACAUUGUUUAUCUCGACUUAUCUGGUAACUUCCUCAGUGGCAGAAUCCCACCUUGGUUGUUUACCCUUCCAUCUUUGUUUGUGUUACAUCUUAACGAUAACAAGUUUACUGGACCCAUUGACCAAUUUGAGCAACCCUCUGCGUCGUUGGAGUAUGUUGACUUGAAAAAUAAUGAGAUAAAUGGCCCAAUUCCAAGUUCUGUCUUUGCACUUGUAAACCUUACUUAUCUUGACCUUUCAUCAAACAUGUUGACUGGCAUCUCUGAACCCAACAAUCUUUCAAAGCUCAACAAACUUGAGAUAUUAGAUCUUUCAAAUAAUGCCUUACUGUCAUUUAAGAGUGGAAGCAAAGCCAAUUACAUUAUGGCUCCCAAUCUUUCCGUUUUGAAGUUAUCUACCUGCAACAUCAGUGAAUUUCCAUAUUUUGUUGGAACUCUAGAAGGUUUGGAACACCUAGACCUUUCUUGCAACAAAAUCCGUGUUAUAGAGGCAGAUAUGUUUUCAAAGCUCAAAAAUCUCAGUUGGCUUGAUCUUUCACUCAAUAGUCAAAUAUCUCUGAGCACCUCCACCGAUGUCAGCCUUUUCUUUCCCAACCUUCGGUCAUUGUCAUGUUCUUCUUGCAACAUCAGUGAAUUUUCAGAUUUUGUAAGAAAUCUAGAAGGUUUGGAAUAUCUAGAUCUUUCUUACAACAGAAUCAAUGUUAUUGAGACGUAUGUUUUCAAAGCUCAAGAAUCUCACGUGGCUUGAUCUUUCCCACAAUAGUCAAC